CUCAUGUUUUGUAUACAACUACAUAAUUUUGGACAAGGCCGUAGGAAUAAGACUGGAAGUUUAUUUUUAAAUCGUCAUUGUUAAAAAUUAAGCACAAAUGUGAACGUCAUGGUUAACAAUAUAACGUACAACGUUAACGGACUAAAUCGUGAAAGUAUCACACAAGGCGUAUCAGUUAAAACUGUGCAGAGGAGAAGAAAAACUCUGCUGAUUUUACGCAUACUCUCCAUUGCUACGCUCAUGGUUUCCGUUUGUAAUCUUCCUGUUGGAAUUGUAAUACUUCUCUACAGAGGGGACAUGGAAUUUCCUCUCACUUCCGGAGCUCCAAUAUGGUCAGGAUUACUGGUCCUCAUCUGUUGCAUACAUGGUCUCAAAGUGUCCAAGAUGGACGUCAAUUACGAAACAGUGCCUUCCCCUCUUGCUUCUUUUCAUCUGAAGUCUUACCAUAACAUAAACCGAGUGAGCGUGUUAACAAGUCUUGCGUGUAUUGCCUUCUCCGCUGUCUAUGUUUUAUAUUGUGGACGAGAUUCCUUUAAGCCUGACUCUUGUCCAACCAGUGAAAAGGAGGAAAUGAUAUCAAAUUUAUUGGCGAUAUUAAUCUCUUUCAUUAUGAUAAUUUGUAGCAUCAUGGGUGUUAUUCUAUUUCGGUUAAAUGGCAAGGUAUUAGGACUGAAAAAGCUUUUGGAAAAGGGCUCCAAAGAAAAUGGUAAACCCAGACAAGAUCAAGCCGAAGUCACCACUGGUACUGUAAGACCUGAAAGUGUAGAACUUCAGCUACAUAGAAUUUCAGAUCUUCACAGAUUUGGACCACCGCCGUGUAAUAGUAAUUUUUCCUAUUCAACUGAAUAUGAUUACAGGACGACAGAUAUCGAAAAUACUUCCCACUUUCAAAGAAUUGGGUCAAGAUUGGAUUAUAAUUUUGUAGAUCUAUCGGAUCUACCACAUCAUAUGAUGAAUAUCGAAGAAAAAUAUGCUUACAAUGAUAGAUAAAAUAAACCAAGCACCGUCUACCAAAAGUGUUAAAUUGAUGUUGAGAAAAAAAUCAGCUCUGUUUUAAUGAAAAAAAAAAUGGAACGUUUGAUCGUUAUAAGCAGUACCCAUUCACCACCUUCCUUCAAAGCAAUACAUACAUGUAUAUGUAAAGAGUCAAAUCUAUCAUCUGGAUACCUAGACAAAUAUAUAAAAUUAUUACUUCUACAUGUAUAUAUAUGCACAUUGUUUUUGGUUCAUUUGGAUCUUAUUCGAUCUUGGCGUAUUCUUUCGACAGGGCAUAUUAUCGUGAAUAUGUGUCUGUUGUCAAUUGUCUUUAAUUAAAAAAGAGGCUAUAAUUUAAGUUUUCAAGAAAUUGAAAUCACAAACAGGAAAUCCCGCAACUUUUUAUCUGUAUAGGUUAAU